GGGAGGGCCCGGGCACCGCUCCCGCCCGCCUCCCUCCCUGCCCCCGGGCCGCCCCUUUCCCGCGGGCCGCCUCUCCCCCCCCCCGGCCCCCGCCGCGGAGCGCGGGGCGCUCCCGCCGCUCCAGACCCCAGCGGCGGCUCCUGCCGAGCGGAGCGGAGCGGCGCGGCGCGGGGGCGGUGCGAGGCGGCGGGCGCAGCCCGGCAGCGGCCGCAGGGGAGCGCGGCUGCGGCAGCCCCUCUCCUGCGACGUGGGGCACGGCGCUGCCGGCCGAGGGGAGGGGGCGGCGGUCCCGGCCCGGGGAUUUCUCACCUUGGCCGAGUUCAGCCGGCCCCAGAAACGCCGCAGAAAGUUCAGCGUGCAGGAAGUUGGGGGGCAGCUCGGAGAGUAACUCGGCAGCUGUGUCUGCUGUUUCGGGUGGUGUGGUUUUUUGUUUUGGGUUUUUGUGAGUGAUUUUUUUUUUUCCCUCCACACAACUCCCCCAAACACACAAACAGCCCGCAACAACAACAAACAAAAAGUCCGGGAAGGGGGAGAGAACACGAGAGAGGGAAGCACCGUUGGUGGGGAGAGCCGGGUUUCUUUGCAGAGACACGGUCCCGUUCACAGCGGAUCCCAAUGCAACUGCUCAUCCUCCUCCUCCUCUACGCUGUCGUCUGUGCGAACUUUUGCAGCCGUCAGGGCACCACUGCCCCUGCCCAGAGCGGAUCUAUAAAAGCCUUGCGGUCUUCGAAUAUCAGGCGAGAUGAGAGCAAUCACCUCACAGACUUGUACCGAAAAGAAGAGACCAUCAGCGUGGCAGGGAACGGCUGCAUCCACAGUCCUCGCUUCCCCAGCAGUUACCCCCGGAACCUCCUGCUGACGUGGCGGCUCCACUCCCCGGAGAGCACCAGGAUCCAGCUGGCUUUUGAUAAUCAGUUUGGCCUGGAGGAGCCUGAAAAUGAUAUCUGCAGGUAUGACUUUGUGGAAGUGGAGGAUAUAUCGGAGACUAGCACAGUUAUACGAGGACGGUGGUGUGGACACAAGGAAGUACCUCCAAGAAUAACAUCAAGAACAAAUCAGAUAAAGAUAACCUUCAAAUCCGAUGACUACUUUGUGGCUAAACCAGGAUUCAAGAUUUGUUACUCCCUUGUGUGUAGCUCGAAAGAGGCAGAUUUUGCAAACACUCAGGAAAUGGAUGAUUUCCAGCAUGCAGCCUCAGAAACCAACUGGGAGUCAGUCACAAGCUCUGUCUCAGGGGUAUCCUAUCCCUCUCCAUCAGUGACUGACCCUACGCUCACAGCAGAAGCACUGGAUCAGACCAUUGCUGCAUUUGACACAGUGGAGGAUCUGCUCAAACACUUCAACCCGGACUCCUGGCAAGAAGAUCUUGAGAACUUGUACACAGACAGUGGCCACCAUUAUCGAGGCAGGAGCUACCAUGACAGGAAGUCCAAAGUUGACCUGGACAGGUUGAAUGAUGAUGUGAAACGUUACAGCUGCACUCCAAGAAACUACUCUGUCAAUUUAAGGGAGGAACUGAAGCUGACAAAUGUAGUUUUCUUCCCCCGCUGCCUCCUCGUCCAGCGCUGCGGAGGAAACUGUGGCUGUGGGACUUCGAACUGGAAAUCCUGCAUGUGCAUGUCAGGGAAAACAGUGAAAAAAUAUCAUGAGGUGCUGAAAUUCGUCCCUGAGGCUGGGCAUCCCAGAAGAAAAGGCAGAACCAGGAACAACAUGGCCUUAGUAGAUAUACAGCUGGAUCACCAUGAGCGUUGUGAUUGUAUCUGCAGUUCAAGACCACCCCGAUAAAAAAAAAAAAAAAAAAAAGAAUAAAAGAGAAAAGAAAAAACCAAGACACACUAAUUGCAGCUUACCGGACGUUUACUUUUAAGCAGGAUUGUUCUGAGGACCUUUACUCACUAAUCAUUUGAACUUUGCUACUAGUCUGCCUUUGCAAUUAGCAAAAAUGAUUGCUGUGUUUCAGCAUAGCUGUGCUGAUUAGUGCUAUGGCAGCUAAACAGGUAUAUCAUAGAUUUAUGUAUCAGCAUCCAAGAAUAUAGGAUUAUGGUUAUCUGUAGCUAGAUUCUGAGAGUUGAGAUUUUCAAAGCUCACUUACAGUCCUUAGGCACGCAAUGCCCACUGAAAUGAAAUACCACUUGUACCGGUAUUUGGGGUAGCUGGCAAUGAAAUAGCAUUGUGUUUCUGUUGCUGACUCACCAGUUCCUACAUUCAAAUUCUGCUGCCAUUUCUACCUGCUCAGCUCUCCUGACGGUCAGUCAGGUUUUGUGGGUAUAAAUGAGAAGAGAAUUUGAGCCUAUAUGAGUGUAAAAUGGUUUGUCCCGCUCCGAGAGGGAACUUCCCAGUGUUCUGGCCCAACAGAGUGAGAUAUAAUGAGGAAAAUCCAUCACUACAAGAAAUAACACACCAGUAAAGUCGAAUCUCACUGUUUGUAGUCGAGCAAAUCGUGCUGAAAUUAGUAAAUGCUUUGCAUAAGCUGGGACACUGGUGGCAGUAGCGGGGUGCGGAGGCUGGUACUUUGCCGUGGUGACUCCAUGGGAGCCAUCGCCAGGUGCUUCUGCAAGAGGGGGCUCCCGCCAGGUCCCCAGGUAAUUGCUGUGGGCUGAGGAUGAUUCUGGUCUCUACCUACCUGGACUGGACUCCUGCUCCUUGCCCAGAGCUGCCCACAGUUCCCUAGGAGGAGUCCCCUCUACAUGCAAAGGGAGCAACAACCCUCCCCUUGUAUCCUCGUCGCUGCAGUUCGAGGAGUGCUGUGUUUCCCUGCACAGGCAAUGAAGAUAGGGCACUUGUUUGUUGAAAAUAUUGAUUUGUUUUGCAGUUGUGUUACUGGGAAACAAAACUGUGCUUGAGAUUUAAUUAUCGUUAUUUGGUUUGGGGUUUGUUUGUUUGUUUGUUUUAAAUAUGGAUUAUUAUAACUUUGUCAUAUAUGCAUUAAUCUUAGUUAUCUGAGGUUAGUUGUCUCAUUUCAGCUCUGUGUAUUGCCAUGGUUAAACUGUUGACAGUGAAUCUCUUUUUUAUUGCAUUUUGCUGAGGCAUAUUAACUCAUUAAGCAAUGUCUGUCUGUCAUGGAAAAUAUGCAUCAUUUAUUAACUUCCCGAAGAAUAUUAUUAAACACCACCUCAUAAUAAAAUAAGCACUUUAAAAGCUACAGCAUAGCUUCCUAUGCCUUUUAAAAUAUUAUGAAAGUGCUCUAGCUGAAAAAGGAAAAAAAUAUCCUUCCAAACUAGCUUUAAAGAUUCUUAAAUGCUGCUCCAAACAUGUAAAAUACAGGCAGAUUUAAGUCUGGCAAAGAAUUGGAGUUUUAAUAAUGAAUGUAACAGAGGGAAUGGGGCAGCACGUUUAAUGGCUGAGGGUUUAUAUUUAAUAGCAGACAUAGGCUGCAUUGAUUCAUCUUGUUUGUGUUGCCUCUUGUGUGUCUGUCUCUCUGAAAGAGUGAAGUAGUUUGACAAUAGUGCAUAUAAUUAGUGGAAACUGGCACGUGCUAUAAUAUAAUACUGAGAUCCUUCAAGCCAGUAUGUUUUAGCAGUCUACAUUUUUGUUACGAAAGUGCCCUAAUGUUCUGACUUACCCUCUUUAUCAGCUCAAGUAUAAGUGCUUUUUUAUAAUUUUAGCAAAACUUUACUGAAAGAUCCCUUAGAAAUGUGUUUCUUUCCUGUACUUUAACCUUCGAGAUUCAAAAAGUGUGGGGGUUUUAUUAUUUAUAUUAAUUUUUCCUCUCUUGCUCCCAGAUGUCUAUUUAAAAAUACUCCUGAAUGUUGACUUGGGAAGUGAUUCAUCAUUUUUCAAAGCAAUUCAUAUUAAAAGAACAGCACUGUAACCAAAGAUUGCCAGCUUUGUUUCGUAGUUCAGGACUAUUUAAAGAGGACUUCAUUCUUUUUCUUGCUUAAUAACAAGAUUGACCCAGCCCUUCCAUAAUUUUUAGCUAAUUUUGGAAGAAAUCUGCAUGCAAGACCUUGGCAGUACUGAUUGGUUUUGAGACAGUGCACUCCAAUGUAUAUUCAUAAUUGAAUUAUGCCCAAAUAAUGCCUUAAGCAUUUUAGUUAGCUUUGGUUGUAGGAGACACCAGUUUCAUAUGGCUUUGUGCUUUGAGUGGUCCUUUAAUUCCCACCCCCAGAGGAAAAUGUGCACCAGGCAUCCACUGCGCCUGGCGUCUCCCACGCCAGCAGCCAUGUGCCGGGGGCAGUAUUUAUGCCUCCUCAUUUGGGGGAUUCAGCCCUGUCUGGGAGCCUGAGUUACCGCUGCGGGCAAUUGGGAGAGCGAGGCUCUUCCAAAGCGUGCCUCAGCCCCCCAGGUUGAAAUCGCCCAAUGUGGGAGCUUUUCUUUCUCUCUUUUGACUAUGCGGAAAGAUCAGAAAUCUGAUUUGGGCAUCUGAGUGAGAUACACAAAGGUAGAUGGUAUGAAUACUCAUUUUAAAGACUGAACAGCUAAUAGUUUAGCUAACUGGAUUGGAUACAGGCAGCAGUGGAUGCCAGGGUCCAUCAGAAAAAUUCAGCUCUAAAGUAAAAAGAGAUGGGUAUAAUAGGGAUUAUCCUCUUGCUUCAUGUUGGGUUUGCUUUCUUAAAUAUAGGCUAAACUAGUCACAAAAUUUCAAGUGUUACUCCUGGAACACUUAGUAGUGAAUGGAACCAUUCACUGCUUCAUGCUGCUGCCUGCAUACAGACAGCAGGCUCCUGGCCAGUGCAGGAGGGUCAAGGAUGGGCUUUAUGUUGCAGUUUGGGGAUGACAACAUCCAUAUGAACCAAGAAAAACUCCCAAAAACCUGUGCCCCGAGCUGCAGUGACCCUGGUGAAAUCAAAUAUCAGCAAAACUUUCCCUUUUUAUUUAUUAGCAGAAAUUGCAGAGAUGUUUUUUCCAUACCUUUAUCUUUCUCUUUUGUCUAUGUAAAAAUUGUUAUGUUGUUUACAUACUAUUUUAACUUAAAAAGCAAAGCUAUUAAAAAAAAAACCUCAUCUGGUUCAUUUUUAUUGGUGGAAUUGGAACCCAUCAAAAUAAAUACAUUUUCAAAGGAAAUUCAGCAAGAUUCCUAAUUUCAAACCACUCGCUAGCUUUUUAUUUACUGUAUUCUUCUGGGAUAGAGCCUACUUUCUCAAGUGCAAUCUAUAUAUAUAAUUUUUUUUUUGUUAUCUCAGUUAAAUGCAGCUUUCCUAGCAGUAUUUUUUACUUUAUGCAGUAUGUAAUGUGUCUUAUCUUGAUGAAAAAAUAAAUACUGCUUUUUGAAA